AUGGAAGGAUCAAGACUGAAGGACGACCAGAAUACCUGGAGCAGGAAUACCAUCAAGCGAUCGACCGCAAGUACACCUUAUCUCAUCACCAUCAACCAAGAUACCAUACCUAUCGUUGACAUCUAUGCCACCACGGACUCUAGAUCAUCAACACCAGGACCGUCAUCCUGCAGCACGGAUGGAAGCUACGUUACCGCUGUUGAAUAUCAUCGAGACUAUCGUUCCAUCACGUCAUCCAUUCACACACAUUGCAUCCUUCCACGUCUCACCUUCAUACUUGGUAUCCUUCCACGUCUCACCGUGGCGCCUCGUAUCCUUCCACAUGGCACCUUCAUACCUCGCAUUCUUCCACUACCUUCGACGCAUAUCACCUGGAGAUACGGAUGUGCGGGAAAGAUCAGGACGCCUCGACUCAUGUCCGGGGUCACAUACACGGUCAAGUCCAUCCUUCUAGACAUCGACAAUCCUCCUCGUGUCGAACAUCAUAUCAUACACGAUCAGAUCCAUCGCCGCUCGCAUCCCUCCGUCUCGCCAUCGGACCCUCCACGUAUCCUACAUCAUAGGUUAUCGACUGAACUCCCAAGCCGUACCACCAUCAGCUCGACCGACGCCAGGCAGAACAAGGACUGUCAUGGGCGAGACGGUGAAGGUUGUUGGACCCAUGGAGUGAAGACGAUCAGACCCGGAAGGUAUCAGGCUCAUGGUUCCAUGCCAGCGUCAUCUACAUCACUACACUACCCUCGCCGAGCCGAUUCACGCCGCGUCAUCUACAUUCUACAUCACUACACCACCCUCGCCGAGCCUAUCCACGCCGGCGUCAUCUACAUUCUACAUCACUGCACCACCCUCGCCGAGCCGAUCCACGCCGGCGUCGUCUACAUUCUACAUCGCUACACUACCCUCGCCGAGCCGAUUCACACGGGCGUCGUCUACAUUCUACAUCACUACACCACCCUCGCCGAGCCGAUUCACACCGGCGUCGUCUACAUUCUACAUCACUACACCACCCUCGCCGAGCCGAUCUAA